AUGAGGGUCCAGAAGGUGGCUAACAGGAUGAGGCCGGGCGGCCACGUGGACUCGCAGGGAUUACAAGCAGCAAGAAGAAGGGAUGUGAAGUACCGACACUUUCUAGAAGCCUCCAGACCUAUCAGACACACCACAAAUGUCAGAGCAGAGCAGGACGGCCAUCGGACGAAGAGGUCGGCGCUGCUCACCACGGGGGUCAAGGUGUGUCCCCAGGAGACGAUGAAAACAGUCAUCAGCAGCCAUCGGGCCUAUUACAAGCUCAGAGUUUGUCAGGAAGCGAUUUGGGAAGCGUUUCGGAUCUUCUUGGACAGAGUCCCAAACUCAGAGGAGUACAGAGCCUGGCUUCACACCUGCCAGCAUGAAAACCUCUGCAUGGACGACCUGGCCCAGAACUUCAGCAGCUCUCAGGAGCAUCUGGACCUGGUGGCCAUAAUCCCAGAAGACCCCAACAUGAUCAAAGAGAACUAUGAGGAGUAUAUUGUUGAGUUUAGAGUCACCAUCGUGGACCCGGCAUACAAUAAGCUGCUCAGUAACCCAGGGGCCGCGCAGUACCAUGAGAUCACACGAGAGCUCACAAACAAGAUGAUUCGUGUGUUUGAAAAAGUUCCAGGAUUCAAAGAGAUUCGUGUUCUAGGAUUUCGCUCAGAGGAUGUGUCUGUGCGUUAUGCCGUGGUCUUUAAUGGAGAAACAGAGCUCAACGAUGAACCUGAGGGUCUUGAGGAGCCUGAAACAGACGAGGAUGUGAAUGCUCCUAAACUGAAGCACAUCAUCGUAAAGGCCUUCAAACAGGAACCGUCACUGGACAUACAGACACUCAGCUUUGAGGCUGUAACCACAGUUUAUUCAGUUGCGGAGCUCGGCCUGAACCCUGUUAAGGGCGUUGUAUCUGAGGACGACACCGCACAGGCGCCGACAGCGGACAAUAGUUUCCUCCCUACUGUGGCAGUGAUAGAAAACUCUUUGGAUGCUUCUGGAGUCAAACCAGAAACACACACCGUUGUGCCUUUCAUCCCAACCAUCUUCCCAGAAAGCACUCCUGCCGUCAUCGAUGAGACUCCGUUAACGUCAUCAGCAGAGGAGGAAUCCACAGUAGAUUCUGCUGAAGAGCCCGGUGACAUUAUAACAUCAGGCACACAUCUGGAAACUGUCACAGAGCAAGGAGAGGAAGCAGAGCCAGAGGUGGAGGAGAUACCACCAACUGAGCCUGAUGACGGGGGUGAGGCUGAACCUGAAGAACAGGUGACAGAAGAACCUGAACCAGCUGGUGGGGUCACCGAGGAACACCCAGAGCAACAGAAUGAGGACCUUCCCUUAGCAACUCCAGACUCCCAACCAGAAGAAGUAAAUACUGAUACACCUGUGGAGGUUAACCUGGACCUGCCAGAGUCUACAGAUCCCACAGAGACAUCUGUCAUAGAAGCAACAGUCACAGUCAAUACACCAUCACCUCAUGAGGAUGUCGUCCAAGGCAUUGAACCAGAAAAAGACGUGGAGUCUUUGGCAUCCCCUGCAGAGAGCGGCGAAGCCCCCGAGGACAGAGAUGAUUCUAGUGGAGGGCACAGUGGAGCGACCUCAGUCUCAACAGACCUGCCUCCUGAAAACUCAAACAUUCAAGAGGAUGGAGGGUCAAGUCAGAACGGGACCGAGGCGGAUGUGACCGAACCUCUGGAAGAAGAGAGCGGUAGUGGAUUCCCCUCAGAGUCUGACGAAGGCCCGUACGAAUCCACGGCUGCACCAGCCAUGAGACAAGCCAGCACCCCUCUGAUGACCGCAGUGGAUAAGGGCAAAGAGUUAGUGGUUUUCUUUAGCUUGAGGGUCACUAACAUGAUGUUUUCUGAUGACCUGUUCAACAAGAGCUCCCCAGAGUAUAAGUCACUGGAGAAUACCUUCCUUGAGCUGCUUCUGCCAUAUCUACAGUCAAAUUUGACUGGAUUUAAGCAGCUGGAAAUUCUCAACUUUAGGAACGGCAGCGUUGUGGUAAACAGCAAGAUGAAACUGGACAAACCGGUACCAUAUAAUCUCACGGAAGCGGUUCACUGUGUGCUCGAAGACUUCUGCAGCGCGGCAUCUAAACGGCUCGACAUCGAGAUUGACAGUCGCUCCCUGGAAGUUGAACCAGCUGACCAAGCAGACCCCUGUAAGUUCCUGGCCUGCAACGAGUUUUCACGCUGCGUGGUAAACAGUUGGACCACAGAGGCGGAGUGUCUGUGCGAUCCGGGCUACAGCAUCGUGGACGGCCUGCCGUGUCAGAGCACCUGCGCUUUGCAGCCAGACUACUGCCUGAAUGAAGGCCUGUGUGAAAUAAUCCCAGGGCAUGGAGCCACCUGCAGAUGCCCUGUAGGCAAAUACUGGCACUACCACGGAGAGCGCUGCAACGAGCUGGUCGUUGCUUUUGCAGUGAUUUUGUGA